AUUGCCCUGCCCCACGGAUGGCAUUCGAUGUGGGGACUGUUCUACAGCAGGAGGUGGGAAAGAGCCCUGGUGGGAGGGGGAGGCAGGAGAGGAGGCGGAAGUGGCUGGGAGCAGCGUGGGGAUUUGGCUGGGAUUGAGGCUGCAGGGUGCGGGGAUGCUGCUCCUUGCUCUGUGCUGGGUGCCCCCGCAGUAAAUCAGGACAUCAGAGAGUGCCCAGGGACCUGCAGGCAGCGACAGCCCUCCCUGGCACCCCCGGGUGUCACCUGCAGUGAUAGGAACAUUGUGAGGUCAAUGGGAGCACAGGGACACAGGGAUCCUCGCCAUUGACUCCGUGGGCACAGAUUCAGGGGCGGUGACGUUCAGUAGAAGCUACAAAGAUGCCAAGUAAAAAACCCAAAGCCCCGGGCAAGAAUUCCCAGCAAACCCAACGAAAUAUCCACCAGCCCGUUGGGUCUCCAUCACCGCAUGGGGACCAUGACCGCCCCAUCCCGCCCACCAGCUGCUCCGCUUUCAGCCAGCUAUUGCUGGGCAUCAUCAAAGAGAUGGACCAGAACCUGGAACUCAUUAAUGCCAUGACCAUUAAGCUCUCAGCUCUGAGCGUCCACGUGGACCGGCUGGAAGGGCUGAUCACAAACUUGGCCCUGUUGGCUGUUGGGAGGCAGCAGGAUGGAAUCCAGCAACGUGCAGAGCGUCUGCUGUGGGAAAAGCAAUGCCCGCCCGCCUGCGUGGGGCUGCUGGGGAGACGGGCUCUGGCCACCAGGUUUGGGGCCCAUGGUUUGCGCCAGAAAUGCAAGGAAUUGGGGGGUCUUGAAGAACUGGGUUCUCCACGUUUUGCACCUCAACAGCAGCGAGGAACCAGAGAGUUCAAGGAAGCCUUCAGCCUGUUUGACCGGACGCCCACGGGAGCCAUGCAGAUCACCUACGCGCAGUGCGGGGACGUCCUACGGGCACUGGGUCACAACCCCACCAACGCCGAGGUCCUGAAGGUGCUGGGCAAGCCUAAACCAGAAGACAUGAACACGAAGAUGCUGGACUUUGAGACCUUCCUCCCCAUCCUGCAGCACUUCACCCGCAACCGGGAGCAGGGCACCUUCGAGGACUUCGUGGAAGGGCUGCGCGUCUUCGACAAGGAGGGCAACGGGAUGGUGAUGGGGGCAGAGCUGCGCCAUGUGCUGGUCACGCUGGGGGAGAAGAUGACAGAAAGCGAGGUGGAGCAGCUCAUGGCAGGACAAGAAGACGCCAACGGCUGCAUCAACUACGAAGCUUUUGUCAAGCACAUCAUGUCUGGCUGAGCCGAGGAACUUCAGGUUCUUGGAGGUGAUGGAAUCCACCCGAGCACCACAAACCAUGAGAUUCCUACAUCCAUGUCCCCCCUUCCCCAGACAUCCCCAGAAGGCAGAGGAUUUCCACAAGCACACAGCCAGCCUCCAUGAACGCCCCAAUGUGUAUACAAUGGGACAAGUCUGAACCUUGUUCUAAGUCUUAAAUUAUUCUUUUCAGGUUUUUCCUGUGCCAUUGGCAUCAUUAAACUUCAUUCCAUCCUCCCGUA